AAACCAGGGCAACAAAAGACUCAUGACCCGGAAAUGGUUUAGUUGCGAGCGAGCGAGCGACAGACAGGCAGGUUUUAAUUCAUAAAGUGACAAACGAUUUUUGGAUAAUUCAUCAAAAGAAGGAAAAUCAGCGGAUACGGACUGAACAGAAAUGUUUUACCAUAUUUCUUUGGAGCAUGAAAUCUUACUCCACCCGAGGUAUUUUGGUCCUAACCUGCUCAACACCGUGAAACAGAAGCUGUUCACAGAGGUGGAGGGCACCUGCACCGGCAAGUAUGGCUUUGUCAUCGCAGUCACCACCAUUGACAACAUUGGUGCAGGUGUAAUCCAGCCAGGAAGAGGGUUUGUCCUCUAUCCAGUGAAGUACAAGGCCAUUGUGUUCCGCCCAUUCAAAGGAGAAGUGGUGGAUGCUGUGGUCACUCAGGUCAACAAGGUUGGAUUGUUCACAGAAAUUGGUCCCAUGUCUUGCUUCAUCUCACGCCAUUCUAUCCCCUCAGAAAUGGAGUUUGAUCCCAACUCUAACCCUCCUUGUUAUAAGACAGUCGAUGAGGACAUUGUAAUCCAGCAAGAUGACGAGAUCCGCCUAAAGAUUGUGGGAACAAGAGUGGACAAGAAUGACAUUUUUGCCAUCGGGUCUCUCAUGGAUGAUUAUCUGGGUCUUGUGAGCUGAUUCGCCCCAGACGGAGCACCUUUCACAUGGGACAUUUUAUGUAGUAGUCUAGUCAUUCCUUUGUUACAAUGAAUAUUUUUCUACACUGAUUGAUAAGGUAUGCUGGCGGGUGGGGAAUCCCCAUAUCUUUGCCAUUUCAUAAAGCUGCACAGCAUGCAUUUCUUGUUUUGUAUUGGAGCUGGUGUAAGAUUCAAAGAAAAUUUGUAGCCAGGCUUAAUUUACAGCAAGAUGGCAUACAAUGCCGAAGUAACCGGUAUUAUUAAUUUAGUUUCUUUCAUGAUGAAUUUAUAAUUUCCACCUCAACUGUUUUUUUUUUUUUUUUUGUACAUGGACUGUAAUAAAGUAUUUUUUAUUUGCUCUUA